AUGAAAAUUAAAGUAAGAACUUUACAAAAUAACGAAGAAGAAAUAAAUGUAGAUAAAGAUGAUACUAUUUUGGAUGUGAAGAAAAAGGUUGAAAACGUAUUACCUGAAAUGCCGUGUGAUAAGCAGAAACUAAUUUUUAGUGGAAGAAUAUUAAAAGAUGAAAGUAAAGCUGCUGAUAUAUUAAAUGAAAAUGAUAUUGUUAUCGUUAUGGUAACUAGAAAAAUAUUCAAUAAAAGUAAUUCAAAAGAGAACACAAAUGAUACUUCUUCCAAUGCAUUAAAAAACAACGAUAAUAAAUCUAAUGAUCCCAAAACAAACACAGAUAACAAAGAAUUAAAUACUAAUGAUAAUAUAAAUACUUUAAACAAUAGUGAACAAAAAAUUGAAAAAAAUGAGGAUAAUAAAACAGAGAGCAAAGAAAAUGAAAACAUAAGCAAUGCUGAAUCAAUGUUAUUAACAGGAGAGAAAUUAAAGGAAACUAUAGACAAUAUUUGUGCUAUGGGAUUUGAAAGAGGAAAUGUAGAAAAAGCGAUGAUUUUGGCUUAUAAUAAUCCCAAUAGAGCAAUAGAUUAUUUAACUAAUGGAUUUCCUACUUCAAAUGAAAUGAAUGAAAAUGCGUACGAAAGAGAAGAUGGUGGAAAUAUUUCCAAUUUAUCUAAUCUUUUAAUGAAUGAUAAUUUGCUAAAUGAAAAUCAAAGACAAUCAUUAUCACAAAAUCCUGAAUCAUUUAGAAAUUCACCUUUUUUUAAUGUUCUGAGGGAUGUUGCAUUAUCUAACCCUCAAAGAAUACCAGAAAUUUUAGAAAUUAUUGGAAGAACUGACCCAUCCUUUUUAGAAUACAUAAGAGAGCAUCAAGGGGAAUUUUUAAGAGCUAUUCAAAAUUACAGUAAUGAAAAUGUAGAAAAUGAACAAUCAAACGAAUCAUUCAUUGAGCAAAACAAUCAAAAUAUAAAUGAUCAAAGUAGUGAAAAUUAUAAUAUCCCCAUUACUCCACUAAAUGAAAAUGAAAUGGAAAGUAUUAAAAAAUUAGAAUCAUUAGGUUUUCCUAAGCAUAUUGCUUUAGAAGCUUUUAUUGCUUGUGAUAAAAAUGAAGAAAUGGCUGCAAAUUAUUUAUUCGAAAACAUGAACGAUUAUUCUUCAGAAUAA